UCCGCUAUGUGUAAGGGCGAUCGGACCCCUAAAACACCUGGAUUGACUUUUACAGUACAAUAUUGCGUGGUCGUACUUUGUUUGAGUGCUUGUGGUCCAGCUCCGUCCUCUGGUCCUCGUCGGCUUUCAGGUCGGGCAGACUCACUUGUCGACCAAGUUGUCACUGAGUGAGCCCGACAACGGCCAUCCCACCAUGUACCGCAAACGCAAUGGCUCUCUAGGCUUCUCCUUCACUCGCUUCGCCCAUGCCGCUGUGCCCAAUUUCUUCGCAGACGAGUCGAGGAUACGGACGGACACCCUGGACCAGUACCGCCGAGACAUGUGCUACAUGCACCAGAUUGCCUCUCAGAACCCAUAUGCCCUCGACGAGCAUUCCUUCUACGUCGCCGGAGUUGUCGAUUCGGAAAGUGUCAGCAAGCGUGUGCACAAGGCUUUGAAAAAGUGCGAGAUACUGAGCCAACAAGAUGGGACUGUGAAUACAUACAAUAUUGGACCGAGGUUCACGCACCAGCUCGCGGUGUUGAACAUCUACCGCCAGAAGGAGCUUGUCAGCAUGCUGUUCUGGUGGGAAGAAGAAUGCCAACGCCUACGGAAGUUGGACGCCGAGAAGAAAGAUCUAGACACACUGAUUGCUGGGUCUGAAGAGAAACUGGCCAGGCUGCCCGAGGACGAGGACACGCAUGAAGUCAAGGUCACGCUCGAUCAGUUGAAGUUCGCCCGAGAGCGGGUCAGGAUGAAGAAGAGGCAGCGGCCGAGCCAGCGGCAGCCUGACGUCGAGGCCGAUCAGGACGAUAUUAUCAUGGCAUACCACGGGAGGAGUAAGAGUGUACCAAUCAUAUCGAAUCAUCCGCCUAUGAUUACGGGCGGAGGCAGUGCACAAUCAGUGUCGAAACAUGAGGAGCCACCGAUGUAUUGGGCCAGGACGUGAGCGAAGCAGUGCUAGCAGGAGAGCAAUCCCCGGGCAACCACGGCUGGCGUACACAUUGAGAAGAGAAGGCGCCGAACGGCUCCUAGUCAACUGCCACAGCACAACCUCCAUCUACAGACAGGCUCGCAUGGACACAAAAGUUACCGCAACUCAGCCGACGCCGCGGUCCAGACGGGCAGGCCUCUCACGUCAACCUCAUCACGACUAUAUCGGACGAGGCAGCAGUUUCCGGCAGUCACCUCUUCGGCCGAUCAAACGAUCUUGUCGCUUAUAUCUUGCGGCGUCGGGACAGUAUCCUUGAAAGAUUUCCUCGCUUCCAGACCAUCACUAUACCUCUUCAAGUUGGGAUAGGUUUCUUGCCAGGGGUGCUCAGCAAACCGUACCCGGAGGUAGCCCAGUACACAACCUGCGGCAACAUCGGCCAUGGUGAAUUUGUCAUCGAGAAGGAACUC